UGCAGCAUUCAACCCCUCCCCUCUCUAAAAGACACAGCGAGAGGAGACACGUGACGCGCUGGCUUCGGCUCCUGACAGUCGCUGGCAGUGCUCGGCAAGAAAACAGAUUGCACCUUUCUCUCUCAAAAUUAUUUUAAAAGGCGGGUUUCCCCCUUGCUCUUUCGGCCCAAAGUGAGGAAUAUUAUAGAUGACCCAGGCGGAUAUUUUUGAGGAGAUAUAUCUCCUUUAGCUUUUUCUUUUCAAAAGAUAUUAAAAUAAUAACAAUAAUUGUCUCCGUUUUGACGUUAUUAACGGCUUUUGGGGAGAGGCGUUUCAUUUAUUCUCUUCUUCAUCUUCGUCAUCUCCCCCUAUCAGUGAUGCAGUGAUUCUAGCACCACAUCAAAGUAGAAUCUGUGAAGAAGGCUCCUUCUCGAGGUGGAUGGGGCGAAGAACGCGGAAUGGUGGUUUUCUAGAGGUAAGGCACGUUUGAGGUUCCACAGUAUGUCCAUUUACCGGCCAUAUGCGACAAAGUUAUGGUAAAAAAUAUAUUAAGAAUGGAGUUCCCAGCAUCAAAUUUGUCAUGUAGUGCAGAUUGCCGGUUAUAAUGUUGAAAAGGUUGUGAACGUCAGGACCAGCGAUCCGAGGCUGACCCCCGAACAGAACAGCAAUGACUCCUGACGUAGAAUUCAACAGGAGGUCCCAAAUCUGAGGAUUGGAGCAGCCAGUCCGUCUUUUCCGCUGGUGAACCUGCUGGCAUUUCCACUUUGACUGACAUAUAGAGAAGGGGAGCCUCAAAAUAAUUCGACACAAGGGAGAAAAAAUCAGUGAUGGAUACUCUCACCAACAUAGGCCUAUAUAUUUUUCGUAAUUGCACGGAUGGAUUAUAAAGAGUCAAGGAAAGGGGAAGAAAUAUAGUCUAUUGCGGAGAGAGGGAACAACCCCAUUUAAGGUUUUCAUAUGUUAAUUUGUUAAGGACACUGGCCUCGUUUUGAAGGUGCAUGCAUCCACUGAACAUUCCCACGCAUAAUGUGUUUGGGAUGGGCAACUAGCAGACGUGACCACUGCUGCAAGAAUGCAAACAAAAUAUUUUAGUCAGAGGGUUUACGACGCGUCAGUGCCAGUCAUUCUAUUUGCAUAAUCAGACAGGGGAUACAUUUUUAAAUUAGUAUACCUUAAAUUAUCAGAUUCUUUCAUGAAAACACUCGUUCCCUCGGUUUUCACCCGUCUUUACAACAUGGGUCUGGCGAUCCGGAAUGGCGCCCACUUAAUCGGGGUUGGCCUGCUCCUGUGUUGCCUAGUUGACCUAGGUUCUGGUUUGGAAUUCACGGGGGCGGAGGGACAGUGGGCUAGGUUCCCUGUGUGGAAUGCCUGCUGUGAGAGCGAAAUGAGCUUUAACAUGAAAACGAAAAGCGCACAUGGUCUCCUGGUCUAUUUCGACGAUGAGGGUUUCUGCGACUUCUUAGAGCUGCUUAUCCACAACGGUAGACUCAGCCUUCGGUUCUCCAUCUUCUGCGCUGAGCCUGCCACGGUGCUGUCCGACACAGCCGUCAACGACAGCCAUUGGCACUCGGUCGCUAUACGGAGAAAUUUCAAAAACACCACCCUGGUGGUGGACAAAGAGAUUAAAUGGGUAGAGGUGAAAUCAAAGAGAAGGGACAUGACCGUCUUUAGUCAUUUGUUUUUAGGCGGAAUACCGCCCGAACUUCGAUCAGUGGCACUACGGCUUACUUCGGAUACAGUUAAGGACCAAGUUCCCUACGUGGGUUGGAUAACGGACCUUCUAGUGAACAGUUCUGUCCCGGUGCUCUUGAGCAGUGAAGGAGUCAAAAACGAUCUUUGCGGAGCAGAAAACAUGUGUUUGAAUGGAGGAGUGUGCAGCGUUAUCAACGAGGAGGCCAUAUGCGACUGCUCGCAGACUGGAUACCAGGGCAAGGACUGCAGCGAGGAAGACUUCUACGUCGGAGGUCUGGCGCACCUGAUGAUGGGCGAUCAAGGUAAAAGUAAAGGGAAAGAAGAAUAUGUAGCAACCUUCAAAGGCUCAGAGUACUUCUGCUACGACCUGUCGUUGAACCCGAUCCAGAGCAGCAGCGAUGAAAUCACGCUGUCGUUCAAAACGCUGCAGAGAAACGGACUGAUGCUGCACACGGGGAAAUCGGCCGACUACGUCAACCUGGCGCUGAAAAACGGAGCAGUGUCGCUGGUCAUUAAUCUGGGGUCCGGGGCGUUUGAAGCUCUGGUGGAGCCGGUCAAUGGGAAGUUUAAUGACAAUGAUUGGCAUGAUGUCAAAGUAACCAGGAAUCUCCGUCAGCACUCAGGCAUUGGACACGCUAUGGUAACAAUAUCCGUGGAUGGAAUUCUGACCACCACAGGAUAUACACAAGAGGACUACACCAUGCUAGGGUCUGAUGACUUUUUCUAUGUCGGAGGCAGCCCUAGCACGGCCGACCUGCCAGGAUCGCCCGUUAGCAACAACUUUAUGGGCUGCCUGAAGGAGGUUGUGUAUAAGAACAACGAUGUGCGGCUGGAGCUGUCCCGGCUGGCUAAGCAGGGAGACGUGAAAAUGAAGGUGCACGGGAUGGUGGCCUUCAAGUGCGAGAAUGUCGCAACCCUGGACCCCAUCACCUUCGAGACGCCCGAGUCCUACAUCACGCUCAGCAAGUGGAACGCCAAGAAGACGGGCUCCAUCUCUUUCGACUUCCGCACCACUGAACCCAACGGCUUGCUCCUCUUCAGCCACGGCAAACCCAAGCAACAGAAGGACUCCAAGGGCCCACAGAUUCUCAAGGUGGACUUCUUUGCCAUCGAGAUGCUGGACGGGCACCUCUACCUCCUGCUGGACAUGGGCUCCGGCACCACCAAGACCCGGGCCGUGAACCGGAAGGUCAAUGAUGGGGAGUGGUACCAUGUGGACUUCCAGAGGGACGGGAGAUCAGGUACCAUCUCCAUCAACACAGUCCGAACCGCGUACACGGCACCGGGCGACAGCGAGAUCCUGGACCUGGACGACAACCUGUACCUGGGGGGUCUGCCGGAGGACAAGGCGGGGCUGGUGUUCCCCACGGAGGUGUGGACGGCGCUGCUCAACUACGGCUACGUGGGCUGCGUGCGCGACCUGUUCGUUGACGGCCAGAGCAAGGACGUGCGCCGCCUGGCCGAGGCCCAGAAGGCCACGGGGGUCAAGCCGUCCUGCUCCAAGGAGCCGCCCAAACAGUGCCUCAGCAACCCCUGCCAGAACACCGGCGUGUGCCGGGAGGGCUGGAACCGCUACGUCUGCGACUGCUCCGGGACCGGGUACCUGGGACGCUCCUGUGAGAGAGAUGCCACCAUCCUGAGCUUUGACGGCAGCAAGUUCAUGAAGAUCCAGUUGCCGGUGGCGAUGCACACGGAGGCCGAGGACGUGUCCCUCAGGUUCCGCUCCCAGCGGGCGUACGGGAUCCUGAUGGCCACCACGUCCCGCGACUCGGCCGACACCCUGCGGCUGGAGCUGGACGCCGGGCGCGUCCGGCUCACUGUCAAUCUAGACUGUAUCAGGAUUAACUGUACAUCCAGUAAGGGGCCAGAGACCAUUUUCGCUGGCCACGGUGUGAAUGAUAACGAGUGGCACACGGUUCGAGUGGUCAGGAGGGGGAAGAGCUUGAAGCUGAUGGUCGACGAGCUGCAGCCCGUGGAAGGUCAAAUGGCGGGCGACCACACCCAGCUGGAGUUCCACAAUGUGGAGACGGGCAUCGUGACAGAGAAGCGGCACAUUCCUGGCGUGCCAUCCAACUUCAUCGGCCACCUCCAGAGCCUGUCCUUCAACGGCAUGACCUACAUUGACCUCUGCAAGAACGGUGAUAUCGACUACUGCGAGCUCAACGCCAUGAUUGGCUUCAAGAACAUCAUCGCCGACCCCGUGACCUUCAAAUCCCGCUCCAGCUACGUCACCCUGGUCACCCUGCAGGCCUAUUACUCCAUGCACCUUUUCUUCCAGUUUAAGACCACCUCUUCUGAUGGCCUUGUCCUCUUCAACAGUGGCGAUGGCAACGACUUCAUCGUGGUGGAGCUGGUCAAGGGGUAUUUGCAUUAUGUGUCAGACCUGGGAAAUGGUGCACACCUGAUCAAAGGAAACUCCAACAAACCACUCAAUGACAACCACUGGCACAAUGUGAUGAUCUCACGCGACACCAACAAUCUGCACACCGUCAAAAUCGACACCAAAGUCACCACCCAGACCACCAUGGGAGCCAAGAACUUGGACCUGAAAGGCAACCUUUACGUUGGAGGCCUCGCCAGGGACAUGUACAAGGAACUGCCUAAGCUGGUCCACGCCAAGGAGGGCUUCCAGGGCUGCCUGGCCUCCAUGGACCUGAACGGCCGCCUCCCGGACCUGCUGCUAGACGCCAUCAACUUGGUGGGCCAGAUUGAGAGGGGCUGCGAAGGGCCUAGCACUACCUGUCAGGAGGAUUCCUGCUCCAAUCAGGGCGUGUGCCUGCAGCAGUGGGAGGGCUUCAGCUGUGACUGCAGUAUGACAUCGUUUGGAGGGCCCCUUUGCAACGACGCGGGGACGACGUACAUAUUCGGCCGCGACGGCGGGAUGAUCGUGUACACGUGGCCGCCGAACGACCGGCCGAGCACGCGGGCGGACCGGCUGGCCAUCGGGUUCAGCACGCAGCAGAAGGACGCCGUGCUGGUGCGGGUGGACAGCUCUUCCGGGCUCGGAGACUACCUGGAGCUCCACAUCGAGAAGGGAAACAUUGGAGUCGUGUUCAACGUGGGGACGGACGACAUUAACAUCGAAGAGACCGCAAAGUUUGUAAAUGACGGAAAGUACCAUAUCGUGAGAUUUACGAGGAGUGGUGGUAAUGCCACGCUACAGGUGGACGACCUGCCUGUCAUUGAGCGAUACCCCGCAGGCAACAAUGAUAACGAACGCCUGGCGAUUGCUAGACAGCGAAUCCCAUAUCGGAUUGGUCGAGUAGUUGACGAAUGGCUACUCGACAAAGGGCGCCAGCUCACUAUCUUCAACAGUCAAACCACCAUUAAAAUCGGGGGCAAGGACCGCACCCGCCCCUUCCAGGGCCAGCUGUCCGGCCUCUACUACAACGGGCUGAAGGUGCUCAACAUGGCCGUGGAGGGGGACCCCAAUGUCCGGGUGGAAGGCAGCGUCCGCCUGGUGGGCGACCCGCCCUCGUCCAUCACCCCUCACUCCAGCGCCACCGCCAACCGCUCCGAGACGUCCACCUCCAUCACCGAGAUCACCACCACCACCGCCUCCAACCGCCGCACCAAGCAGCCCGGCCCCCGGGAACCUCAGCAGCCUACAGAUGACCUGCUGGUGGCCUCGGCUGAGUGUCCUACUGACGACGAGGACAUCGAUCCCUGUGAGACCAGUUCAGGUGGGUUAGCGAACUCCCCGGGCCCUGGAGGGAAGGCGUACCCAGGACCCUCGGAGGUGAUCCGGGAGUCCAGCAGCACCACGGGCAUGGUGGUGGGCAUCGUGGCGGCCGCCGCCCUCUGCAUCCUCAUCCUCCUCUACGCCAUGUACAAGUACCGCAACCGCGACGAGGGCUCCUACCACGUGGACGAGAGCCGCAACUACAUCAGCAACUCGGCCCAGUCCAAUGGCGCCGUGGUGAAGGAGAAGCAGUCCAACAGCGCCAAGAUCUCCAGCAAGAACAAGAAGAACAAGGACAAGGAGUACUAUGUCUGAUCCUCGUCUUUCUCCAGCCGGCACCAGGCCCCCGCAACGGGAAACGGAGCCAGCAACGGGGUCGGAGGGCGGGGACAGAUCCGUUUGUGUAUAGUCGUAAAAAAAAAAAUUUAAAAAUAAAAAUCAGACACGAUAUACUCUUAACAAAAAAAAUGGACAUUUUCAUACUUUAUACUCAAGCACAUUGGACCAGAUGAGAUGUAAUCGAAGCAACUGUACAGUGUGGGGGAAAAGUGUGGGGGAUGAAAAAAGCAACAAAAAAACAGCAGAGCAGAGAGAUGCUGAAAUCGCAUACUUACAAUGUAUAGAAUUUCCAGUCCACUCAGCUAAACAAAAACCGUGCGGUGAGCAAGACGAUUCCCUCUCUCGUUUCUGGGAAACGGGGGACAAUAACUAGCCAGAGGUUGGCGACGUGUGUUGGAAAGGGCGAGGGUGGAGAGCGAGACUUUGAGCAGGUGGAGGGGUGGGAGGGGUUUGGGGGGGUGGGGGGACUGGGAGGCUGAAGACAAGCUGUCAGUGUUUUUAUUUACAUUGCCUGUGUUUGUAUUGCUGGACCAUUUUCUAAAAAAAAAAAAAAACUGAAAGAAGAGAACCUGAGCGAGUGUAGAAAUGAAAAACCGCCAAACCGUUUGUGUUCGAGAAAGAGAGGAGGGAGCAGAAUGAUGAAAUUUAAAAAGACGCAAGAGCUACCUACGUUUGAGGUGCCAAAGUCUUUUCUUUUUUUUUCUCAAGGAACAAGGAGCACAGACCACUGGGACACUAACAAAGGCAAAAAGAAGACAACAGACAUCUUUACUAAAGACACCACUUAUAUAAAGACACUGAAAUUGAAACGAAUCCAUAUAUAAAUAAAUAAAGAUAAAUCAAUACAUUCAUGUUGAGAGGAAAGAUAAAGGAAGUCUUCAUAUUGACCUGGUUGUGAGAUUGAAAGCGGUGGUUUCUUUAUUGGGUUUCCUUGACUUGAGUAUUGUAAGAUGAUCUGAGAAAGAUUACGGGAGAUUAAGGGAGAACGCCAUGCACGCAAAAGUAUCUUAUUAACUAUGUUUCUACAGUACAAACACAUGUACAUGUUCUCUCUGGACAGUGAGUUAAGUGGUGUUUUAUCGCCUGUUGUAUAGAUGAUGCAAGAUAUAUCUGCUCUUGGGACUUUUUUUUGUAAAAAAAAUAACAAUCAUGAAAAGGAUUUAAAAAAAGGAAAUUAAAUGUUAUUACGUGUUGCUAGCGAUAGAACAUUUUAUGAUGCCAUCUGCUAUGAAAAUUUCAGUUUUUCUCUCCUCCUUCAACAUUUUUCCCAACUUCUUUUGACUGCCAUUUUCCUCCUCCUACUACCCUGCUUUAGCCAGAUGUUACAGGAAAUGAUACACAGGAAGUGGUCAGAUGAAUUCUGCAGCAGUAGAAUGAGGUUGUCAUUCAGAGUAAUGGGAGUGGCACGCUUCAUGACCCGCAGCCAUGAGGCAUCAAUGACUCACUCACUGAUCUGAACCAAUCAGUGCUUUGGCAGAUAACGAUUGGCUAUUAAUUUCUAUCAUGCACACUUUUGGGUGAGUUCAGUAAUUAGGAACAUUAACUAACCAAACUGUUUUUGUGAGGAAAACACACACUUGCAUUUAUUUGUGAGUCACAGUUAACAAAAAUGUUUUGAAAUGCAGGCUAAAAUCUUUGGGUUGGAUUAAACUAAUCAGUGUAACAGUAGCUCCCACCAAUCAUAAUGUCCAUGAAGCCUCUCUCUCCCAUCUCUUUUGAUAUGAGGGACAGACUUACCAUAAAUACUCAACCAGAGAUUUAGUCUCAUGUCCCAAAAAUGUGAAAUGUGAAUUUUUAAAAUCCCCAAGUAGUAAGAAAAGAAAUUUGCCUGUGCCUGCAUAGCAAAUCUAUUCUGCCUUCUUGCCUAGGGAGAAAGGGAGAAGAGAGGGAGACCGUAAAAUACAUGGUGACAUGAUGAAAAUGCUUUCUUUCUUUUCUUUUCUAUUUUGUUUCUAACCGUGCUAUUUUUUCUACAGUAUUUACUUUUAUUUUUAUUGUGACAAUUCUUUAAUGACCUCAAAGUGAAAAAAUUUAUUAUGAAAAAAAUAGUUUUGAAAAAUUAAAUGAACAAAUAAAAUAUUACCUAAGUGAA